UUAACGUCCCAAAAGCUUGUUAGUCUAAAAUGGCCAUAAGGUCUCUUUCCCGCAACCCCAAAACCUUGUGCUCUCUCUUCCACUUUCUUCUCAAACCCAAAUCCCAAAAUCUCCAACUUUUCUCUUCCCACUUCUCACAACUCUCAGACCGACCAUUACCAGACCUUGUCAACGAGAUCUCUCGUAUACUCAGCGACCACCGGAACCCCCAUCACGACUUAGAACUUUCUCUCAACUCAUUGUCAACACAAAUAUCCACAAGUUUGGUUGAGCAGGUCUUGAAGAGGUGCAACAAUCUCGGGUUCUCAGCUCACAGGUUCUUUCUUUGGGCUAAAAGGAUUCCGGGUUUUGAGCAUAAUGUUGAGAGCUAUCAGAUUUUGGUUGAUAUCUUGGGAAGUAGUAAGCAGUUUGCCAUAUUAUGGGAUUUCCUUAUAGAAAUGAGAGAUUCUUAUUGUUGUGAGAUUCGCCCACAAAUUUUCUGGGUUGUUUUUAGAGCUUAUAGUAGAACUAAUCUUCCCGAAGAUGCAGUUCGAGCUUUCAAUAGAAUGGUUGAGUUUGGCAUCAAGCCGGGAGUUCAUGAUCUUGAUCAGCUUUUAUAUGUGUUAUGCAAAAGGAAGCACGUGAGGCAUGCCCAACAAUUUUUUGAUGAAGUUAAGAGUGGGUUCGUCCUGAAUGCAAAAACUUAUAGCAUUUUGAUGAGAGGGUGGGGGGAUAUCGGUGAGUCAAAGGAGGCACUUAAGUUGUUUGAUGAAAUGCUCGAACAAAAAUGUAAUGUGGAUGUGUUAGCCUAUAAUAGUUUGUUGGAGGCUUUGUGCAAAGGUGGGGAUGUGGAUGAAGCAUACAGGAUGUUUCGGGAGAUGCCGUCUAAUGGAGUUGACCCCGAUGCUUGUACUUACUCGAUUUUCAUCCGCACAAAUUGUGAAGCAAAUGAUAUGCAUUCAGCUUUUAGGGUUCUUGAUAGAAUGCGGAGAUAUGAACUUUUGCCUAAUGUUUAUACUUACAAUUGUAUUAUCAAGAAACUUUGUAAAAAUGAAAGGUUGGAUGAGGCUUACCAACUUUUAGAUGAGAUGAUUGAGAGGGGAGUUAGACCCGAUGGUUGGAGUUACAACGCCAUCCUAGCUUACCAUUGUGAUCAUUGUGAGGUGAAUAGGGCUCUUGGGUUGAUUUCUAGGAUGGAGAAGGAUAAUUGCAUUCCGGAGGGGCCUACCUAUAACAUGGUGCUCAAAUUACUGAUCAGGGUAGGAAGAUUUGAUAGGGUAACUGUAGUUUGGGAAAGAAUGGGGGAGAGAGGAUUUUAUCCUUCAGUUUCAACAUAUGCUGUCAUGGUUCAUGGUUUGUGCAAGAAGAAAGGUAAACUGGAGGAGGCAUGUAAAUACUUUGAAAUGAUGAUUGAUGAAGGAAUACCACCAUAUACUUCUACCAUUGACUUGUUGAGGAAUCGGCUAUUGGGGUUAGGUUUAUUGGAGCAUACUGAGAUACUUGCAGAUAAGAUGGGGCGGAGCACUUCUUGUUCAAUACAGGAGCUGGCAAACAUGAUGAGAGGUAAUAAGGUGUAUAAGACAUCAAGAAAUGAAGAGACAGAUCUUGAAAGCAAGAAUAAAGGGCAAUGAUGAGCAUCUUGGAUUAUUUGGAUGAUCUAGAUGAAGUGGUUGUAUUUGUUCUAGGAGUACUCUGUGGAUGACUUCUCAGCGGUAGUUCCCUUCUCUUAAAUGUCAAUGAUUUGUUCUAGAAUGUUUAGCUAAAACUUUCAAGCAUGCAAAAUAAGUGGAGAAAGCCCCGGUUACUUGAUGUUGGAUUGGUUUAUCACGGUUGCUUUUGGUGCUCGCUUUGGGUAACCUUUCUCUGUGUAGUGAAUUAGUAAUAUAGCCAUAUAG